AGAGCAAGCUGCCCUCGCGGCCGGUGUGGGGAGGAUGUCCCAGCCCACCGCCCCCGACGAGGGAGCCACGUUCGAGCACCUCUGGAGAUCUCUGGAGCCCGACAGCACCUACUUUGACCUCCCCCAGUCGAGCCAGGGGACUAGUGAGAUAGUGGGCGGCGCAGAGGCCAGCAUGGAUGUCUUCCACCUGCAGGGCAUGACCACGUCUGUCAUGUCCCAGUUCAAUUUGCUGAGCAGCACGAUGGACCAGAUGAGCAGCCGCGCGGCCUCAACCAGCCCCUACACCCCGGAGCACGCCGCCAGUGUGCCCACCCACUCGCCCUACGCGCAGCCCAGCUCCACCUUCGACACCAUGUCGCCUGCGCCGGUCAUCCCCUCCAACACCGAUUACCCUGGCCCCCACCACUUCGACGUCACCUUCCAGCAGUCGAGCACGGCCAAGUCGGCCACCUGGACGUACUCGCCGCUGUUGAAGAAGCUCUACUGCCAAAUCGCCAAGACAUGCCCCAUCCAGAUCAAGGUGUCCACCCCGCCGCCCCCGGGCACUGCCAUCCGUGCCAUGCCCGUCUACAAGAAGGCAGAGCACGUGACCGAGGUCGUGAAGCGCUGCCCCAACCAUGAGCUUGGGCGGGACUUCAACGAAGGACAGUCUGCCCCGGCCAGCCACCUCAUCCGCGUGGAGGGCAACAACCUCUCGCAGUAUGUGGACGACCCCGUCACCGGCCGGCAGAGCGUCAUGGUACCCUACGAGCCCCCACAGGUGGGGACGGAAUUCACCACCAUCCUGUACAACUUCAUGUGCAACAGCAGCUGCGUCGGGGGCAUGAACCGGCGGCCCAUCCUCAUCAUCAUCACCCUGGAGACCCGGGAUGGACAGGUGCUGGGCCGCCGGUCCUUCGAGGGCCGCAUCUGUGCCUGUCCUGGCCGAGACCGCAAAGCUGAUGAGGACCACUAUCGCGAGCAGCAGGCCCUGAACGAGAGCGCCGCCAAGAACGGGGCUGCCAGCAAGCGGGCCUUCAAGCAGAGCCCCCCUGCCAUCCCUGCCCUGGGCACCAACGUGAAGAAGAGGCGGCAUGGGGACGAGGACAUGUACUACAUGCACGUGCGGGGCCGGGAGAACUUUGAGAUCCUGAUGAAGGUCAAGGAGAGUCUGGAGCUGAUGGAGCUGGUGCCGCAGCACCUGGUCGACUCCUAUCGGCAGCAGCAGCAGCAGCUCCUGCAGAGGCCGAGCCACCUGCAGCCCCCGUCCUACGGGCCUGUCCUCUCGCCCAUGAGCAAGGUACAUGGUGGCGUCAGCAAGCUGCCCUCAGUCAACCAGCUGGUGGGCCAGCCUCCCCCGCACAGCUCAGCAGCCGGGCCCAACCUGGGGCCCAUGGGCCCUGGGAUCCUCAACAACCACGGCCACGCCCUGCCGGCCAAUGGUGAGAUGAAUGGCAGCCACAGCUCCCAGUCCAUGGUCUCGGGGUCCCAUUGCACCCCACCACCCCCCUACCACGCCGACCCCAGCCUGGUCAGUUUUUUAACAGGAUUGGGGUGUCCAAACUGCAUCGAGUAUUUCACCUCCCAAGGGUUACAGAACAUUUACCACCUGCAGAACCUAACGAUAGAGGACCUCGGGGCCCUGAAGAUCCCGGACCAGUACCGGAUGACCAUCUGGAGAGGCCUGCAGGACCUGAGGCAGGGCCACGACUGCGGGGCGCAGCAGCUGAUCCGCUCCAGCAGCAACGCCUCCACCAUCUCCAUCGGCAGCUCCGGGGAGCUGCAGAGGCAGCGGGUCAUGGAGGCCGUGCACUUCCGCGUGCGCCACACCAUCACCAUCCCCAACCGCGGUGGCCCAGGUGGGGGCUCAGGACCCGACGAGUGGGCGGACUUUGGCUUCGACCUCCCGGACUGCAAGUCCCGAAAACAGUCCAUCAAAGAGGAGUUCACGGAGAGUGAGAUCAACUGAGGGAGGCGGGGAGGGCGCAGCCUGGGGGGUCCCUGCCUGCUGGCUUCCGGAGGAGCCCACUAGA